AUGUUCACAGAAAACAUCUCCAAAAUUCAAAGUUGGGGAAAUUAUGUUGACGUUAUUGCAGUAAGCUCUAAUGCAUUGACGGGGGCAUUACUGAACCAAACAACUCAAUUCUUGAGGCUUACUUCAUUAAAGAUUUCCAACAACUCGCUAGAAGGUGUUCUCCCGCCUGUUCUACGAACAUAUCCAGAAUUAAAAGACAUUGAUUUUAGCCUUAAUCAACUUAACGGUUCCUUCCUUCCUAGCCUUUUUAACUCGACAAAAUUGACCAAUAUUAACUUCUCUUUCAACAACUUCACUGGAAAUUUCCCCCCUGAGCUUGGUAAGUUUGAGAGUAUGGUACAUCUCGACCUCUCUAACAACCAUCUUGAAGGUGACAUCCCUGAUGAUCUUCCAGGCACAGUCAGAGAAUUUAAUGUAUCUUACAAUAACCUAUCUGGAGUUGUACCAGAAAACUUAGAGAGGUUUCCUGAUUCAGCAUUUCAUCCUGGAAAUUUCUUGCUCACACACCAGAAUGAAGCAUCGUCACCAAAAAUUGGACCCAAUAUAAGUUUUGGAAGGCAUCGUUCACGCAUGAAAUCUGCUGACAGGGCUGCCCUUAUUGCGUGCCUGGUUGCUGCUGCUUCUGUUAUAGCUUUAUUGACAUUGAUGAUCUACUGCAGAAUCCAUCGAGCACGUGGAGAGAAGGCAACCUCUAAAGAUUCCAGUGUAAAGAACAAUUUAUCUUCAUCACAAAUUGAAUCUAGUUCUCUUCCUCAAGCCAUCUCAUCAGCUAUACGUGGAUCCAAAGAUCAAAACCUUCCUGAAUCAACUAGUAAAUCUGUGCUGUCAUCUGCCGGCACGUCACCUUCAACGAUUCAGCAUCUAUCUGAAAAUCCCAGUGCACUGAAGGUUUGUUCUCCAGAUAAACUGGCUGGGGAUCUACAUCUUUUUGACGAGUCCUUGAAAUUCGCUGCAGAAGAACUAUCAUCUGCACCUGCAGAAGUUAUCGGUAUGAGUUGCCAUGGAACGCUCAACAAAGCCGUGCUUGAUUCAGGUCACGUGUUGGCCGUGAAAUGGCUAAAAGAAGGGAUUGCGAAAGGUAGAAAAGAAUUUGCGAGAGAAGCAAAGAAACUAGGAAAUAUUAGACAUCCAAAUUUAGUUUCCCUUCAGGGUUUCUAUAGGGGUCCCCAGGAGCAUGAGAAGCUAAUCAUAUCUAAUUAUAUUAAUGCUCCAUGUUUGGCGCUCUAUCUUCACGAGACGGAUCCCAGAAUGCUCCCUCCAUUGUCUCUCCAUGAAAGGAUCAAGAUUGCUCUUGAUGUCGCCCGAUGUCUUACUUACCUACAUACCAAAAGUGCCAUACCUCAUGGCAACCUGAAAACCACUAACAUUUUAAUUGAAAUUCCUAACAUAAAUGCACUUCUGAACGAUUAUAGUCUCCAUCGGUUAUUGACAUCAUAUGGGAUAGCCGAGCAGGUGUUAAACGCAGGUGCUCUUGGCUACAUGCCACCGGAAUUCACCAGUACAAGUAAACCUUGCCCGUCAUUGAAGAGCGAUGUAUAUGCUUUUGUGGUUAUUCUGCUUGAGCUGUUGAUGGGAAAGAAUUCUGCAGAAAUUGUUCGUUGUGAGCCAGAAGUGAUGGAUCUAACAGAAUGGGUGAGACUUCUGGCUGCAGGGAACCGGUCAAUUGAGUGUUUUGAUCAACAGAUUAUAGAAACAAGAAACACAGAGCGCCCACUUAAAAUUCUCGACACCGUGCUUCAGAUUGCUCUCAAAUGUAUCCUUCCUGCAGCAGAAAGGCCUGACAUGAAGAUGGUUUUCGAAGAUCUUUCCUCUAUUGGGUGA